UUUCAUUAUUGGUGUAAGCGUUAGUUUGAAUUUGUAUUACUGGAGUAUAUGUGAAGUUAUAUGUUUGUUGAUUCAAGUGAAAAACUUUUGAGAAAUCGACCAUGUAUGUUGAUUUUGUUUGAUAUAAUUAAGCAAUUGAAACGGAAAAUUUCCUAAGUGGUACUUUAAUGAUCAUCCAUUUUCAUGACAAUAUUCUUCUUCUUUUAAUUCAUUGAAAUUUCAUACCCAUUAAUUUUUAAAACUUUACUUGACAAUAUAAGAUCAUUUUUAUGGUUGUAAUAAAUAUCGCCUUAUAGUUGUAAGUAGCCUAUAAAUGUCAGUAAAAUAAUAUAUACGAAUGAAUCAUUUUGAUUAUUCCUACUCCCUGUCAUGAAUUAUUUAAUAUAUGAAAAUUAUAGGUCAUUCCAUGGUCGGAUGUUAUACAUUAUGAAAAAUAUCUGAAAAAUGUCAAUGAUAUGGAGUUCAGUUAUGUCUCGUUUGGUGGACAUCCUGAAUUAACUAAAACAGGAGGUCCAAUUCAUUUUCUUGGUUAUAUUUUUGAGCGAAGUUAUAGUGGCUGCAUACAAAAUAUACGGAUUAAUGAAGUUCCUAUAGAUCCUAGACGUAAGGCUUUCUUAGGAGAUGCUGUGGAUGGGUAUGGGAUUACUAAUUGUGGUUUCGGUUUAUGUGAAAAGAAAGAAUGCAAAAACAAUGCCUCUUGUUUGCAAACAUCUGGUUCCAGUGUUAUUUGUCAAUGCCCUUUGGGAACUUCGGGUCAACAAUGUGAACAAAGAGUUGAGCUAAUAAUGCCGUUCUACAACGGAUAUUCGUACACCGAGUAUAUCGGAUUGAGUGGAACAUCAUCAUCAUUCACCACCUUGGAACUUCAGUUUAGACCAUCACAACCAAACGGGCUGAUUUUAUAUGAAGGUUAUAGUCAUGAUAGGCGUGGGGACUUCUUGGCUAUUAUGUUAGUUCAUGGAUAUGUUGUAGUGGCGUUUGACUUAGGUUCCGGUUCAGCGUUUUUAAAGAAUGAAAAAGAAAUAAAAUUAAAUGAAUGGCACAUAGUCCAUUUUUGGCGAAUCGGUCGUGAUGGUUAUCUCCAAGUCGACUCAGAAGAGCAUAUUAUGACAAAUUACUCAUUCGGUUUACAAGUUCAGCUAACGUUAACUUACUCUUUGUAUCUUGGUGGACAUCCAAAUGCUAAUUUUAUAUCAACCCAUAUAAAACCAUUUAUUGGAUAUGCAACAAAUUUGAGUAUUGGAUUUCAAGGAUGCAUCAGUAAAAUUGAAACAAACGGAGUACUUAUUGAUCCUAUUAAGAAUGCGAUAGGUGGCGUGAAUAUUUUAAAUUGUCCUGGACAAGAAUGUGGAUUUCCAAAACCUGUAUGUUUAAACAACGGGAAAUGUUUACAGGACUUAAAAGGUUUUAGAUGUUUAUGUUCACUUGGAUUUCAGGGGAAGAACUGUAAAGAAAAAAUUAAUUGGCAAGGGAAGCAAUUAGCUACAUUUGGAGAAAACAGUUUCGUGAAAUUCACAACGAACUCAUUAAAUUAUAGACCCAAUAGUCGUCACUAUCAUAUAUCACUUGAAUUCCGGGUAUCCAACAAAAGUUUUGGAAAUGGCAUUACUUCUAUGAAAAAUUAUCUGUCAACAAGUAAUGCAUCAUUUAAGUUGUUCAAACAAUAUUUGGUCUAUGGUGUAUUUCAAAGUGUACACAAAAUACAAAAUAUAUUAAUUCAGCUUCUUCCCAGCAGAAGACUAAAAUUAGGUUUAGAGUAUGUAGAGACUGAAAAAUAUAUAGUCACCUUAUCUAACGUGACUAAUCAAUCCUCGAACAAUGAUGAAUUAUGGAAAAUUGGCCGUAACCAAUUUAGUCAACGUAUGUUGAUACAAAUGUAUGACAUUUCGGAGAAGUUAGAGUUGAAAGACUAUUGGCACAAACUGAUACUUACAAAAAGUUCAAAGGCCAUCACACUAUUUAUCAACCAAUCACAAGUUGCUCAAAUCUAUUUUAAAGAAAAUGAAGUGCAACCAGUCCAAUUGUUCUUUGGAGGAAUCCCUGAAACUCUACAUGCACAAAGACGAUACCUGGAACUGAUGAGUAAUGGAUAUUCAUCUUCACAUAAAGAGAAUGUUUUUAUCAAAUCCAAAAAUUUCAAUGGUUGCAUAAAGAAGUUAGAAAUUAAUGGACAUCCUACUUCAUUUGGUAAUGCUGCUGACGGGCAAGAUAUUACUCAAUGCACAUGA